AUGGCGGAAGAAAAGACUUGCUACAACAACUACUUCAUCACCGAGGACAAUCUCAAGUACGUUCCGCCAUACUUUCGGGAUGUACCAGAUACGCCGCAAGAGGUGAAGUGCUGGACAAAAGGUACCUGGCCCGAUUGGCUGGAUGGAUCGUUCGUAAGAAUCGGAGCAGGAAGAUUUACCAUCCCCUUGUCCGAGGAUGGAUCCAAGCCCAAUGCCGUGCUGCAGCAUUUUUUCGACGGUCUGGCCAUUCUGCACAAGUUCCGCAUGCACAAGGGCUCGGUUUACUACAUGAGCCGCCACACCGCGGAGGGCGUCGUUCGCCGGGCCAAGAAGAACGGAUAUGUCGAGACAGUCAUGUUUGGCGUGAAUGCGAACACGCCGCUCAAGGAUGCCCAGGAUCCGUGCUCUGCUCUGCUUGGAAGCCUGCAAUCAAUGUAUUUCCCACAAGGCCACGUCGGGCCUGACGAAGUCAACGUCAACGUGGUGCCUCGACGGGGAAUGCACCUCCCGCCAGACCAAAACCCUUACUCGACUGGGCGGGCGGCCGAGAACCCAGAGACUGAAGAGGUACUCGUGCAUACGGACUUCAAUAUGCUUCAAGUCUGCGAUGCAAAGACGCUGAUGCCAAAGCGCAUGCUCAACUACGGGCACAUCGAUGACCAGCUGUCCGGGUACGGCAUCUGCGCACACCCUCCCAAAGACCGCGCCCGCGGCACGACGUACAACUAUCUCAUCUCGCAUGAAGGCGUCAUGUACGUCUUUGGCAUGAACAUCCGGUCCAAUCCGGUCAAGGUCCUGUGGAAGACGGCGCUGCCCUGUCCUCCUUGCUAUAUUCACUCGCUCGCCAUGACGGACAAGUAUGUCGUCUUUAUUCGAAAUCCUCUGCACAUGGAUGUCAGUGACAUGACCAAACAGCUCAUGCACAUGAUCGAAUACGAGCCGGACUCGCCGACUCAAUUCUUCGUGCUGGACAAGUUUUCGGGCGAACUUGUCGCGACAUACAACGGCAACGGCUUCAUGUUUUUCCACUCGGUCAACGCGUACGACUACGUCGACCCCAAGACGAACGAAGUCAACAUCCACGUCGAUCUGUGCAGCUACGAGGGGACCUACGUUCCCUACCGAGAGUACAAUCUCAGCAACAUCGUAGACCCGGCACGGCCGUUCCAGGACGGGACUCUGAUACGGUACGAGCUCGCAAACAUCAAGGCCCAAGCCGCCAACCCAAAGACACCAGGCCGAGUCACCGUCGCAGCCGCAAUCCCAGGCGUCGCCGCCGAGCUGCCGCGCAUCGCAAAAGAUGUGUCCAUGAAGCCCGGCUACCGAUACGUGUACUUCACGGCCGGCAACGGCGGCGCCGCACCAGGCACGGAAGUGCCCAUCGGACGACUGGGCAACGGACUCAAAGUGGUGCAGGCGGCGUUCUUUGGCAGCCUGGCCAAGUCGGACUGGUCGACGGGCUUGUUCAAGCGGUGGCAGCCCACCGAUGGCGAGAGCUGUCCCUGUGAGCCCAUCUUUGUGGGCCGCCCCGGGGCGACCGAGGAAGACGACGGCGUGGUCUUGACUAUCGUGGUCAACAAGCAAGGGACGCACAGUAUCUUGAUUGCGCUUGAUGGGAAGACGUUUGAGGAGAUUGCUCGGGCGGAUAUGCCUCAGGUGUACGGAAUGGGACCGCAUGGGUCGUUCAUCGAAGGAUCCUUUGGCGCGUGA